AUGUCACCAAUUGCUGUCCAGCGCAAGUACUCCGUCGCAACCAUGGGCGCCGAUGGUAUUGGCCCCGAAGUCGUCGAUGCGAGUGUGCAAGUGAUGGAGAAGUUGGUCGAGUUGGACGGCUCAUUCCAGCUCGCCUUUGAGAAUUUUGACUGGAGCAGCGACCUCUACAAGAAGACCGGAAAAUACAUCCCAGAUGGUGGACUCGAUGCGCUCAAGAAACACGAUGCGAUAUUGUUCGGUGCUGUAGGCGCGCCUGACGUACCUGACCACAUCUCUCUUUGGGGUCUCCGGUUAGCUAUCUGCCAACCAUUUCAGCAGUACGCCAACGUACGUCCCACCAAGAUCUUCCGAGGAACGUCAUCGCCACUGAGAAAAGCCGAGCACGGCGAUCUGGACUGGGUCAUCAUCCGUGAAAAUAGCGAGGGAGAGUAUGCAGGCCAAGGCGGGCGAUCACACCGCGGUCAGCCAUGGGAGACGGCAACCGAAGUAGCCAUCUUCUCACGGCACGGUGUCGAGCGCAUUAUGCGAUUUGCAUUCCAGUCUGCCCAAAAGCGACCCAGGAAGCUACUCACAGUUGUAACCAAGAGCAAUGCUCAAAGAAAUGGCAUGGUACUCUGGGAUGAAGUGGCUUCUGAGGUUGCGAAGGACUUCCCCGACGUUGAGUGGGAUAAGAUGCUUGUGGAUGCCAUGACUUGCCGUAUGGUUCUUGACCCGAAGUCGUUAGAUACCAUCGUCGCGACCAACCUUCACGCCGAUAUCCUUUCUGAUCUCGCUGCCGCUCUCGCUGGUUCGAUUGGCAUUGCACCGACCAGCAAUCUUGAUCCUACACGACAGAAUCCCAGUAUGUUCGAGCCAAUUCACGGCUCCGCGUUUGACAUCACCGGCAAAGGCGUUGCGAAUCCUGUCGCGACCUUCUGGACCGCUUCCGAGAUGUUGACCUGGCUAGGGGAGGAAGAAGCCGCCAAGAAGAUGAUGGAUGCCGUCGAGGCGGUGACUGAACGGGGCAUUGCGACACGCGAUCUUGGAGGAUCGGCAGGGACGAAGGAAGUGACUGAUGCAGUGUGUCAAGAACUUGACAAGAUGUACGGAAUCGUACCGACUAAGAAAGUUUAG